AAAAUUGCAAAGAAGGAAUACGAGCUCACAACAAUUAUGUUCCCAGGACUAAAAGACAAAUUGUAUUAAUUUGUUACUCUAUAACAUUAAUGACAUUUAUUUCAAAUUAAUUCUUAUUUUUGAUUGAGCAUGUAAGCAAAAAAUAUAUUUUUUCGUCUUUGUGGCCACAGGCUUUUGUUUAUAUUUGGUAUUUAUAUUUUACGAAACACGGCAUUAAACUCACGGAUGUUUCUUGAUUAAACUGAGUCUGUAUAAAGAAGAAUCAACGAAACCCUCCAUUAACCAUCACAUCUACAGAAAUACGAAUGAACUCAUGACGCCAAAUAACUUGGUUACAUAGAUAAUACAUGUUCGUACAAUCCAGAAAAUUCUCACUACUAACUCCUGUUUUUUUUUUUUCAAACUUUUCCCUAGCGAAGAAUGGUUUUCGUUGUCUCUGUGUUUUUUUAGUUUCACACUAUGUCGACUAAUGUAGAUAAAAAAUCGUAUAUAUGUGAUAUAUGUGAGAAGUCUUUUACACUAAUGUGUAAUUUAAAGAUGCAUCUAUGUACGCACAAAGAUGAGAAACCACGUGUGUGCGAAAGGAGUGGCAAGUCCUUCAGACAAGAAGAUAGUUUGUCCUUCAGACAAGAAGAUAGUUUAAAGAAGCAUAUGCUUAUUCAAACUGGUGAAAAACCAUUUGUGUGUAAUAUGUGUAAUAAGUCAUUUACACUAAAUAGCAACUUAAAACGGCAUUUUCUCACGCACACAGGUGAGAAGCGUUAUGCAUGUGUAAUGUGCAGCAAGUGUUUUGCUGCUAAGUGUAAUUUAAACAGGCAUAUGCGUAUCCACCGAAAUGAAAAACCUUAUGUAUGUCAAAUAUGUAAUUUAUCCUACGUACAAAAAUGUAAUUUGGAGCGACAUAUGAAUGUGCAUAACAGCCAGAAAAGACAUGAAUGUGACACCUGCAGCAAAACGUUUGCAACAAAGGAUUACUUGCGAAAUCACUACCGUAUACAUUCAGGAGAGAGACCGCAUGUAUGUGAUGUAUGCUGCAAAUCAUUUAUACACAGAUCUGAUUUAAGCAGGCACAUUAAUAUUCACUCGGGAGAGAAAUCAUACACGUGUGAAAUAUGUGGCAGAUCAUUUUUAAUGAAGAGUAGCUUGUUGUGUCACACUCGUAUACAUUCAGGUGAUAAACCUCAUGUGUGUGAUAAAUGUAAUAAAGCAUUUGUAUCAAAGACAGAUUUAAACGUGCACAUACGUAGACACACCGGUGAGAAGCCGUAUAAAUGUAUUAUCUGUAGUAAAUGUUUUUCAUGGAAAGUUUAUUUGAAUUUGCACAUGCGGACCCACAGUGGAGAGAAACCAUAUGUUUGUGACAUGUGUGGCAAGGCUUUUGGAUGGAAAUGUAGUUUAAAUGCACAUCUUCGUCUCCACAGUAGUGAAAAAAAGUUUGUAUGCGAUAUAUGUAGGAAAGCAUUUGCCCAAAAAGAUCAUUUGAAUGCUCAUUGUCUUACACAUUCAGAAGUGAAACCGUGUAUUUAAAUUUAUGUUAAUUUUCAUUUUUUCAUAAAAGUUAAUCUUUAAUUGUGAAUUAGAGGUAGCAGUUUUUGAUGAAUGCUUAUGUAAACAUGCAUUUGGAUAUAGUAACGUGAACAUUAAUGAGUUAAAUAUGCUAAAUUGCUUCAAUAUUGAAACUGGGAAUCUGUUUCAAGGGCCUCAGAUUAGUUGAGAAUAUAAGGUAACAACUGUGAACAUAAAUGAAGGAGUGAAAUUUUUAUUAAAUAUGGUCUAAAUUGUGUAAAAAUAAAUAAAUAUAUAAAGCAGACA